GGCUGAAAUUCUUUGGGGCAUAAUGUUAACCAAGUUUUGGCAAAAACUUGGUGUAAAACAAUCCCAUAUUUCUUGUAGCUUUUGUCUCAGUUCGGUGAUUGUACGAGCAGGAUGUUGUCGUAGAACCUUUUUCACCUCGGGCCACAAAGUUUCAAUAGUGGUACAUUAUUUUCUUCCAUCCAAUUUAUAGCCUUUUUUGAGGUAUGGCACGCUGCACCAUCUUGCUGAAACACAAAAUCUUGGCCGGAUGUCAAAC